AUGGUCCGGGCCGGUGGGUUGGGGCGCCCCCCGUCCGUCCGCGGAGGGGGCGCGGAGGCCGCCCCCCUCCUCCGCCCCCCGGGCGCCGUGCCCCCCGGCCCGGGCGAGGCGCAACCCGGGAGGGCUCCCGGGCGGCGGCGGCGGCGGCGGCGGAGGAGGAGCCGGCGGGGGCCGGCGGAGGCCCCGGACCCCCAGACAGGGCCCCGCGGGGGCGGGCCGCAGCCCAGGGGGUCGCAGCCCAGGGCCCGGGGGGGCGCCCCCGAAGCCCAGGACCUCAGCCUGCCCACGACCUCCUUCGCCCUGACGGGGGACUCGGCGCAUAACCAAGCCAUGGUGCACUGGUCCGGCCACAACAGCAGCGUGAUACUUAUUCUGACAAAGCUGUACGACUUCAACUUGGGGAGUGUGACUGAGAGCUCGCUCUGGAGAUCAACAGACUAUGGAACAACCUAUGAGAAAUUAAAUGACAAAGUGGGCCUGAAGAGUGUCCUGAGCUAUCUUUAUGUCAGCCCCACCAACAAGAAGAAGAUCAUGCUUCUCAGCGACCCAGAGAUUGAGAGUAGCAUUCUCAUCAGCUCUGAUGAAGGGGCCACCUAUCAAAAGUACCGGCUUAACUUCAUCAUCCAGAGUCUACUCUUCCAUCCCAAGCAGGAAGAUUGGAUCCUAGCUUACAGCCUGGACCAAAAGCUGUAUAGUUCCAUGGACUUUGGAAGGAGAUGGCACCUGAUGCAUGGCCGGAUCACUCCCAACAGGUUUUACUGGUCGGUCACAGGGUUAGACAAGGAGCCUGACCUGGUACACAUGGAGGCCCGGACAACUGAUGGAUAUGCUCACUAUCUCACCUGCCGCAUCCAAGAGUGCACGGAGACCCUCAGAAGUGGGCCAUUUGCUCGCUCCAUCGACGUCAGCUCUCUCGUUGUCCAAGACGAAUAUGUCUUCAUCCAGGUAACUACAGGUGGAAGAGCCAGCUACUAUGUGUCUUACAAAAGAGAGGCCUUCGCUCAAAUUAAGUUGCCCAAAUAUUCUCUGCCAAAGGACAUGCAUAUUAUCAGCACCGAUGAGAACCAGGUGUUCGCAGCUGUCCAGGAGUGGAACCAGAACGAUACCUACAACCUCUAUAUCUCAGACACCCGAGGGGUCUAUUUCACCCUGGCCCUGGAGAACGUCAAGAGCAGUCGGGGCCUGGAGGGGAACAUCAUCAUUGACCUCUAUGAGGUAGCAGGGAUAAAAGGGAUAUUCCUGGCCAACAAGAAGGUGGAUGGCCAAGUGAAGACAUAUAUAACCUACAACAAGGGCAGGGACUGGCGUCUGCUGCAGGCCCCAGACACCGACCUCAGAGGGAAUCUGGUGCACUGCCUGCUGCCAUUUUGUUCCUUACACCUGCAUUUGCAGAUCUCAGAGAAUCCAUAUUCUUCAGGCAGUAUUUCAAGCAAGGACAGCGCUCCCGGGCUCGUGGUAGCCACAGGCAACAUUGGCACCGAACUCUCAUACACUGACAUUGGCAUGUUCGUGUCCUCCGAUGGGGGAAACACAUGGAGACAGAUCUUUGAUGAAGAGUACAAUGUCUGGUUCCUGGACUGGGGCGGUGCCCUCGUGGCAAUGAAGCAUACCUCCCUGCCUGUCAGGCAUCUGUGGGUCAGUUUUGAUGAAGGAAAUUCCUGGAAUAAAUACGGCUUCACAACAUCUCCGCUGUUUGUGGAUGGGUCCUUGGUGGAACCAGGGGUGGAAAACCAGAUAAUGACAGUUUUCGGCCACUUCAGCCUCCGUUCUGAAUGGCAGCUGGUGAAAGUGGACUACAGAUCCAUCUUUAGCCGGAGAUGCAACAAAGAUGACUAUCAGACCUGGCACCUACUAAAUCAGGGGGAGCCUUGUGUAAUGGGAGAGAGGAAGAUAUUCAAGAAACGCAAGCCCGGGGCCCAGUGUGCCCUAGGACGAGAUUACUCAGGCACCAUUGUCUCCGAGCCCUGUGUUUGUGCAGCCUGGGAUUUUGAAUGUGAUUACGGCUAUGAGAGGCACGGAGACAAUCAGUGUAUUCCAGCCUUCUGGUUCAACCCGUCUUCCCUUUCGAAGGACUGUAGCCUUGGCCAGAGGUACCUGAACAGUACCGGCUACCGGAGGAUUGUGUCGAACAACUGCACCGAUGGGCUGAGGGAGAAAUACACGGCAAAGGCCCAGCAAUGCCCUGGGAAGGCUCCCCGGGGGCUGCACGUGGUGACCACAGAUGGGCGGUUGGUGGCCGAACAGGGUCACAACGCCACGUUCAUCAUCCUCAUGGAGGAGGGUGAUCUUCAGAGGACGAACAUUCAGUUAGACUUUGGAGAUGGGAUCGCUGUUUCCUAUGCUAACUUCAGCCCGAUCGAGGAGGGCAUCAAACACGUGUACAAGAACGCUGGGAUCUUUCAGGUGACAGCAUACGCCGAAAACAACCUGGGCUCCGACACCGCCGUCCUCUUCCUGCAUGUGGUUUGUCCUCUGGAACACGUCCAUCUCAGCGUUCCAUUUGUGGCCAUUCGGAAUAAGGAAGUCAAUGUGACUGCAGUGGUGUGGCCCAGUCAGCUGGGAACUCUCACCUACUUUUGGUGGUUUGGCAACAGCACUAAGCCGCUGAUUACCUUGGACAGCAGCAUUUCCUUCACCUUCACCACGGAGGGCAUGAAUACCAUCACAGUCCAGGUCUCAGCGGGGAGCGCCCUCAUCCAGGACACCAAGGAGAUCGCAGUGCACGAAUAUUUCCAGUCACAGCUCUUGUCAUUUUCUCCAAAUCUGGAUUUCCACAAUCCUGACAUCCCUGAGUGGAGGCAAGAUGUUGGCAGAGUCAUCAAGCAAGCACUGAUCAAGGUGACCAGCAUUCCUGAAGACCAGAUUUUAGUUGCAGUGUUUCCUGGCCUUCCCACUUCAGCUGAACUCUUCAUCUUGCCCUUCAAAAACUUGACAGAGAGGAGGAAAGGAAGUGAAGCUGACCUGGAGCCGGUUGUAGAGAUCCUGUUUAAUGCUCUGAACCAGAAUUUGGUCCAGUUUGAGCUGAAGCCAGGGGUCCAAAUCAUUGUAUACGUCACUCAACUGACACUAGCCCCUCUCGUGGAUGCCAGCACGGGCCACAGCAGCUCAGCGAUGUUGAUGCUCUUAUCCGUGGUGUUUGUGGGCUUGGCAGUCUUUCUGAUCUACAAGUUUAAAAGGAAAAUCCCAUGGAUUAACAUUUAUGCCCAAGUCCAACAUGACAAGGAGCAGGAGAUGAUCGGAUCUGUCAGCCAAAGUGAAAAUGCCCCCAAAAUCACCCUCAGUGACUUCACAGAUCCAGAGGAGCUGCUGGACAAAGAGCUGGACACCCGGGUUAUAGGAGGCAUCGCCACUAUUGCCAACAGUGAAAGCACAAAGGAAAUCCCCAACUGCACUAGUGUUUAGAACUGAGAAGCCACUUGGUCUGAAAUCUGACUUUUUAUUUUUAACAAUUAUUGUUUUUAUUAUGAGAAAGGAAAAACACGUCCUUUUUUAUCUUUUGUUUACCAGGGCCCCCUUCAUAAAUGGUAGGUAGAAAAUUGGCUUUGGGGAAAGACAUUCUGAUCAUAGGAAACAAAAAUCACUGUAUAUUUGCUAAGGGGAAAGCCUGUUUUCCCCAGAAACUGUUGUUUUAUUCUGCCAGUGGCAGCUCAAGAUGCAGGACUUUCUACGUCCUCCCACUGUCUUUACCUUCUUUUUUUAAAACACAAAUUCUCCCAUAGGUAAACAACAGGAACCAUUUUGGAUACACAGAGCGUGGGUUUUGGGGGUGGGGGGGCAGUGACAGCUCCUGAGAGCAUGGACCUGUUAAGGAAAGGGGCCCUCCCCGGUGCAUGGCGAGCCUGAGGAGACAGAUGGUGGAUUGUAGAUAAUCACAAUGUAAAUAGCCUUUUUAUUUCUUGGGAAAUAAUUUAAUGUUUAGUAAAAGGAAAAGACAUUCAUGUGCACACAUGUUCACACUGACACGCGUACACACACAUACACACAAUUGACCUACCAGCCAGAAACCUGUUUGAGGUCUACAGGUCCUGGAUAUAUUUCAGUUGUCUGCCAUAGUUAACCCUUUCCCUUUUGGGUCCAUACUUUGCUUUUGAUUUAGGUAAUGAAGGAUCUUGGAAUAGUUUCAAAAGAUGGUAAGUAAUGGAUGAUUUCAUAAUGCACUUUAAUUCUGCCUUUGCCUGGAACACUCAUGGGAUUAGAGCUUCACCCUCUGUCCACAGCCCUAGACAUGAAUCGCAGCAAGGAUAUAAUAAUAAUAAUGAUAAUGGCAUUUAUUAAGCACUUACUAUGUGCAAAGCACUGUUCUAAGCGCUG